AAGCUGCUAAAAACAUGGGUGAGUUUGGUAGAGUUGGUUGACAGGGAAGACAAACAAGGAAGUGGAAAGGAUGGCGCUCCGGGCAGCAGGGAGUCAUUUGUGGCUCUUUCAAAGGACCUGUUUAAAGAUAUCCUCCAUUCAGACACAGAGACUUGUCAGAUUUAAAGCUACCAGUCCAGUCGAAAUGAGCCAUCUGGAUCAUUUGGUGUUGACCGUGAAAAGCGUCCCAGACACCAUCAACUUUUAUACCUCAGUCCUCGGCAUGGAAGAAAUCACUUUCAAAGGAAACCGCAAGGCUCUUAGUUUUGGGCAGCAGAAAUUUAACCUCCACCAACUCGGCCAAGAGUUUGAUCCAAAAGCCAAACAUCCGACUUCAGGCUCAGCUGACCUGUGCCUCAUCACUAAAACCCCUCUGGCUGUUGUAGCUGCACAUCUAAAGGCUUGUGGGGUGAAUAUUGAAGAGGGUCCAGUGGAAAGAAGUGGCGCUGUGGGACCCAUCACCUCACUUUAUUUCAGAGACCCUGAUCACAACCUCAUUGAAGUGUCAAACUACGACCAUUGAGUUUCUCACCCUCACUGCACAAUCAGUGUUUUGACUAUGAAGUGUUUUAGUCAAAAUGACUGGAAACAUCAGCCAGCUCUGAAGCUCUACUUUGCUUUCUGUGUGUGUAUCCUGUGUCAGUGACGUUGGGUCAGAAAUGGGAAACUAAGUCAUAUGCCAAAUACCUUAACUUUGACAAUAAAAUAAAAAUCUAACAAUUUUCUUUAA